AUGGCAAAGAAAUCGGAGGCUCCUCUUUCCUUAACUGACUGUCUCUGCCAAAUCUGCAUGGAGAUCUUUGUGGAGCCCGUGACGCUGCCGUGCAAUCACAGCCUCUGCAAUUCCUGCUUCCAGCUGACAGUGGAAAAGGCCAGCCUGUGUUGCCCCUUCUGUCGCCGUCGAGUGUCUUCCUGGGCGCGAUACAACGCCCGCAGAAACACCCUCAUCAACUGGGACCUCUGGGAGAGGAUUCAGAAGAAAUACCCCCAGGAGUGCGAGCGCAGGAUUAACGGGCAGGAUUUGGAAGAUGAAAUCUGCGUGUCCCAGCCACAGCACCAGCUGAGCAAGCCCGGGGAACUGAGACAAGAAUAUGAAGCAGAGAUUAGCAAGGUGGAAGCAGAAAGGCGAGCACACGAACAAGAGGAAAAUAAAGCAAGUGAGGAAUAUAUUCAAAAGCUGCUAGCGGAAGAGGAGGAGGAGCAGAAGUUAGCAGAAGAGAGGAGGAAGGAGUUGGAAAAGCAGCUAAAGCAAGAUGAAGAGCUGGCCUGGCAGCUGAGUAACAGUCUGAAUGAAGACCCUAGGGGAAGUGGGCUCAGCAGUCCCUCACCAGUGGGUACUUUCUCAUCUGAAGGAUCUCCAGUUAAUAUGUGCAAGGUGAAGAACAAAUCAAACAGCUCUGGGGAUAUUCAGAAGUAUCUGUCUUCAAAGUCUCAUCCUGUGUUGGGAUCAGCAUCGUGCUCUAGAGUAACAGAAAGAGGCAGGGCUGACUCUUGCUCUCUGGAAAGCAAUAGCAGCGAAAGUGGUGCCUCCGCAUGGCGAGAUGAGCAAGAGGAAAUGCCAACACUGUCCCCCCAGCUCCCCGGCGUGACCAAAGAUCGCAGUGGGACUGAUUCAUUUUUAGAAUCCUGCAUGAGCUACUUAAGUGCCUCGGCAGCAGCAGAGCUGGCUGCUGAUGAGCAGGAAAAAACACCAGGACCAAACCCUGCAGAAGGUGAAGUUCCAGAUGCACUUUGUGAAGCCACGAAAGAGAAAGGGUCUGGAGCAAGGAAAGGAGAAACAAAUGGGCUUGAGUCAGAUGGUGCAUGUGCACCACUAGAGCAUGUGGAAAUUCUGAACCUUGAAAACUUGACUUCAGAUGUUUCCAGGGUGUCUGACAGCAGAAAUGGGAUUGGUGGUUUCCUUAAGGAGGCUGGAAAACCAGAUGAGGAGCAACAAGAUAGAGAAGAGAACCCUAAGGAGCCUCCAAAAAGAAAGCUGGGAGAAGCACCAGCUGAAUCUGUGGUUGACUUGGGUUUGCUUGACAAGAGGAGGAGAACUCUUCCGGAAGCUUUGGAGGACCAAGGGGCACAGUUAAAUGAUUUUAACAUGCAAAUGCAGAAAGCUUUUGAGCAGGAGCUCUAUGAAAGGCGUAUGCAAGAGGAGCAGGAUAGGCUUCUGGCUCUGCAGCUGCAAAGGCAGAUCAACAAGGAGGAGGGGACGCUGAAUCGACGGAAGGGCUCUCCAGACGAGUACCAUCUUCGCACCAAAACACCACCGUCUAUGAAAGACUCUCUUGCUAGAAAGGGAAGUUUAAAGGGGGCAAAGGACUCGAAGCUACCAAAAAAACAAGCUGAAGCAAAUCACCGCAAGGCUCGGAAAGGUUCUUGCAAUGAAAACUGGCAGUCCCCUACCAGACUCCGGAUGAAAUCGCCCAGCAUCAAAGGGGGAAAAGUUUUGAAUUGUGUCGUUAAUACCAGUGACUCGAAUGAUAUUUGUUCGUUAGCAAAAAAUAAGCAAAAGACCAUCCUUCAGAUGUUCAAAGGAUCUGUUGCAGAGUAGCUCAACAAAACUAUGGAAGCAUGGUGAAAUGAUUGAGAGAUUAAAGCCAUCAUAAUGCUUUUUCUUCUGUUAGGCA